AUGAAAAGGUGGAGAAACCUACGUGAUACAUUUAGAAGAGAACAUCAAAAAUAUGUUAAGUCAGGGUCUUCGAUGAAGAAAAAAGCGAAGUAUUGUUAUUAUGACAUGCUGUCAUUUCUUCAACCAAAUUCAAUCGGCAGAACUACCGAAGGAAACAUUGAACAUGAAAAUGAAAAUGAAAUUGAGGACAUCAAUGUAAUUGAUUCCCCGGGUUCUACAGAAGGCCAAGAAACAGUAGCAUUACCAACAAAUGUUACUAAAGUUAUACCAAAACAUAAUAAACAAAAACUUUCAGCUUUUCAAGAAAAUUUACUUAACGCCAUCGAAAAAAAUCGAAUUCAAACAAGAUAAGAAGAAUUUGAUGAAAACAAACAUUUCUUACUUUCCUUGUUACCAUCUAUGAGAAAGAUGGACACCGAAAAAAAUUUUCAAUUUCGAAUUGAAAUCAUGGAAUGCAUGAAAAAAUAUAUGACACCAGCUAGUCAACCUCAAACCGCUCACCUAGCACCUGUAACACCCUCCAUCAUUCCACAAUCAGAAAGACCAUAUUAUCAAGUUCCUAGUGAGUUAUACUCUUUUCCGUAUCAAUAUCAAAACGCUAUUCCACCACCACAGCUAGAUAUUUCAAGUAGAAAUCUACAACAAAAUUAUUUAAAUAUUUCAUCGUCAUCUACAACACAAAAUGACCCCAAUACCAACUAUAGUCUUGAGUAAGUCAUUGAUUUAUAAAAAAUUGUAUUAGAUUUCA